AUGGGAACUUCAUCUUUGGAAACAAUCUUGGAAAUCCUAAGAGCCGAUCCACCAAAAUAUACUCCAAUUUUACAAAAAAGAGAUACCAAGGAUAAUAAUCUACUUGAUGUAUUAUGUACCGUUGUAAAUAGAUUAAUCACCAAUGGUGACAAGACAAAAAAUGAUAGAAGAGAAUUUUAUCCACCAAAUAGAAAACCACCAACCAUUGGAAUCGAUGCAUAUUUGGCAAGAUUAUUGAAAUAUUCUCCAUGUAGCAAGGAAUGCUUUGUCAUGAGUUUGGUGUACAUUGACCGAUUCCUUAAAAACUGUGAUUUAAUAGUCAACUCGAUGAAUAUCCAUCGUAUAGUUGGCGGUAUCUCUCUAAGGGAAAUGAACGGAUUGGAAGUCGUUUUCCUCACCAUGAUGAGCUAUACUGUCAAUUGUUCGCUCGAUGAAUUUGAAAUCUACUCGAUCGAGGUUGAAAAGGUAAAGAAAAAAUACGAGGAUAUCAACAAUCAACAGGCUGCUGCUGCCGCCGCCGCUGCCUCUGCUGCAUCGGCUACCGCUUCCAUCCCACCAACUGUAUCAUCUGUCAUUCCAACCACUUCCUCGUCAUCAUCAUCGUCAUCAUCACAUUCACAGCCAUCACCAUCAUCCAAACAACCUGGACAAUCUCCUUCAGCUGCUGUAGUACCAAAUAAUAAUAGUAAUAAUUUCCAACAAGCGGUUCCACAACAACACGCAUCCAACAAUACUCAACAACAACAUCAACAACAAUUGUUAUAUAACAAUUAUAACCAUCUUUACCAACAACCAAUUAAUACAACCAACACUUUUAGUACCACUCAACCAUCAUACCAUCAAUCAACUACAUCUACUUCGACAAACCCAUCAUCUUCAUCCUCUACGACAUCAUCUACGAGCAGCCGAUUGGUAUUUGUAAAUAAUCAACCGUCCAACUCAACCAAUACCACCUCAUCUACCAACAAUCACCAACAUCUACAUCAUCAACCAUACCCAACUACAUCGAGUCACAACCACAACCACCACCAUGGUAGAAGUUCAUCGUCGACCGCCUCUUUGAUGAGCCAUUCUUCGACCUCUUCCAAUCUGUCUACUGCCGCUGCUGCUGCAACGACUGCCACCAUUGCCACUGGUACCAACACCACCACCCUUGUUCCUGCCACUGCAACCAACAAUAUUAAUAAUAAUAAUAAUAAUGUUCCAAAUGCAACUACCAAUGUCAGCAUACCAAGUAGAAGAAGAGGAAGUUGUGACCAAGGAUCCCAACCACACUCUAAAGAACAAAAAACAUUCCCAACUGGUUGGGUUGCUUAA